AUGAGCAGCUCCGGACCCCCAGCCGACGCAAAGAAGGCGCAACAAGCGGCCCUCCAGGACAUCGAAGCCGCUCGUUUCAAGAAGCGUACAAUCGACUCCAACCUCGCAAAGGAGAACUUGUAUCUGUUUGAGGGUAGCUAUCUCGACGAGAGCGCCGCUUCCGGUGGCAACAUCAUCAAAGGCUUUGACAACUAUCUCAAGCCCAACACGGCUCACACGCACAAGAAGAAGCUCGAGGUGACAGAAGCGGACAGGCUUUUCAGCAACAGCUCUGCGACUCUUCAACAGGUGACAUCCAUCCGAUGUGUCUAG